AUGCGAUCGCCCUCUUCGAAGCAUGCCGUCCUGCACUACCAUCCCGAACAGUCCUAUGACCCGGCGGAGUCAUUCGAGGAGUACCAACGACUCCGGGUCAAUGCACUGCGCUCUAUACCGGCGGCGGUCGCUCGAGACAUCAUACAGAAUGAGCCGCAAGAUUCCUAUCGCAAUAUUCAAGUAGAGCGCGACCGUCGACUGCGGUUGAUCACCCGUCGCUAUGAAAACCAGAUACAGUAUGGCUGUCACAACCGCCACUGCGCUACUCCCACUUGCUUGAGCUACAGGCGGAGAAACAGCAAAACUCCAGUUCGAAGGUAUACCGAAACGAGCGCCAGGGCACUGGCAUGUCACUUGGUGGAGGAAAGCACUCGCAACCGCAAAGAUCCCACAUUGGGACUGUGUCCGAAUCAACCAAUAGUUCCGUGGUACCAGGACCCCCGUACUACGCAAGAGCGGACAGCCACGCCAGCUUAUACUCCGUCGAGAGCGUCUCGUACCUCAGCAAACGGUCAACUUCGUGCUCAGCAAGAGAAACGGUUGAGUACUACAUCUCAUCCAGUCAAUGGCGCCCGGAGGUCCUCAAGGCAGGGCUCUUGUUCCAUACCUGGCGACAACAGUGGGCUUCAAAACAUUAGCUCGACUCAAAAUUCAUCCGUGAAGGACACAGCACCGUCAACCAAGAAUGACGCACCACUUUCGACACCUUUGAGCUCGGCAAAUCUUGGUAGCUCGGCCAGUCCAAAUGUUGAAUCAGACAAGAUGAACAAUCCCGAGAAAGAAAAUCCCCAAAAGACGAAUCGUCCGCAUGAACAGAUCUUCGCCCAUCGUGUGGAGCAGGAUUGCAUCAAAUAUCUCGUGGUCUGGAGAGACAACGGGAAGUCCAAGAUGGCUUGGACCACGGCGGCUACGAUUCAGAACCAGUCGACCCUCGUCAACUACAAGAGCAGUCACGGUCCUGAAGACGCUCUUGACGAGGACCAGAUUCUGGCCCUGGAAGCUUCCAUGGAAAUGAUGUCGUUUGAAAUGCAGAAGGAUCAGGACGAGGUCAACCCGAGACCGGAAGUACGUCAGAACGAUAGUACCAAAUCGCGCGGUGACUCUAAGGUCGACUUCGCCUCAUUUGCCCAGAGCCUGUGGAAUACUUGUACACUUCGAAAGCUGAAUACGUCAAUCGAGCUAAAAGACGAUCACCCUCAAGCCCCUGAAGUUCCUGCGCAAGCUUGCCCCGAAGUUGACGAUGCUGGGUUCGGAACCAUUGAUGCCGAGGCCGGAUCUCCUUGGGACGAGAACACGCACCUACAUAUGAAUACUGCAUUUCGAGGCUUCACAUUGAGGCGCCUGUCGUGGGAUAACCUGGACUGGCUUGUACAGAACCAUGGAGAGUUGGGCGUGCCGACUAAUUCUCCGUUUGAAACAUUCAUCAAACAGAGCAUAUAUUACAGCUUCAGCAAUCCCAAUCGCCUGAUUGAAUCUGCGAAGUCUUGGGGCUACGAGGGGGCGCCCUCGGAGAGCGACGGACCAGAAAGCGCGCCGCGUAGCCCUACUGGAGUACGGCUGAUACAAGCGAGUCUGAACUCGCCGACCAGCCAACGCCCUCCGCGUCGCAGGGAUUCCGCAGCCACAGACCGAUACCUUCAUGACUUUGACGGUCCUCAGACGAUAGCUGCAUUUGAGAUCGUGGAAUUAGUCGCCAACGGCACAGACGUACUGUUCGACGCAUUACACGAUAUGAUCCAGCAGUGCUACAACGUGGACCACCCGGCAUAUGAUGGGGAACAGGCUGCAACGCUUGCCCGAAAAGCCUUCAAAGGUCUUGGAGGCGGCAACUACGACAUCUCUGGUAAGGGUUCAGCGGCCCAGGCCGACUUUAUUCAACAGACUGGGCGCCUGCCGGACCGGAAGCAGAUCUCUCAAAUCUUUGUUCUAGUAUUGAUGGCGCUUGCCACGCCACUGCUGAAAUUCCGGUGGUCAGAUCGUGGCUUCGAUGAGGUCAGACUCCUCGGCGUAGCAGAUGUGCGCAACGACAACCGAGCCAGCUUCACAUUCGGCAAGUUCAUCGACCAAGAGGACCGCGAGACUGCCGAGCUACUGAUAGAAAUACUCGACCACCUCCAAGAUUGGCACCGUCAACGACUUAUCAGUACCUUCACCGACUGCAUUAGCCACCAUACGGCCGCCAUGGAGAUCCGGAAGAUAAAGUCUUCUUACAGAGUGAAGCCGAAGAAUGUCAUGGACGAUGUCCUCGACCUGCUCUGCAGCGAUCUCCAGCAACUCGACAUCGUCUCAGGACACGACGUCAAAUACCGGUUCAUGCUCUGCCUAAGCGCAAUUGACAUCGCCCGCACAGUGCUUCUCAAAGACUGGGACCGUACGCCCAUCAUUUCUCGCACUGGAUCCGUCGGUGGCGCCCUGGAGCUCAUCUCUGCGUUGUACAACCGUCUCGAUAUCUUCGAACUUCCUGAUCUCGAAGGCCUCUGUGAGAUGCCAUUCAUUGGUAAUGCCUUCGACGAGAUGGAGUUUCCCAACGAAUGGCUGCACUUUACGCCUACAGCCCGUCAGACGCAUAUUCUGAGCUACCCCUUCCUUUUCGAGACGUCAAAGUUGGUCAAGUAUUUCCGUGCCAUUAAUGUGACGGCAAUGAAAGCAUCUUUCGAGAUGGCAAGCAUGGUAUUCAGCGACGCCUACCAAUUCUUGCAGGGCUCAACGAUUCCGGUCUAUGGUGGUCGCGAAGUUCUUCAAUCCCUGAGGCCAUAUAUGGCCAAGUAUUUUGUGAUGACCAUUCGGCGCUCGCAUGUUCUCGAAGACGCAAUCAAUCAAUUGUGGCGGCGGCAGAAGCGAGAGAUUCUUCGACCAUUGCGCGUCCGCCUGGGCCGAGAGGAGGGUGAAGACGGUCUGGAUCACGGUGGUGUGCAGCAGGAAUUCUUUCGCCUUGCUUUUGCAGAAGCAUUCAAUCCCGACCAUGGAAUGUUCACCGUCGAUGAUCGCACACAAAUGACAUGGUUCCAACCGGGAAGUGUCGAGCCGUCAUGGCGAUUCGAAGCCGUUGGAUUGUUGAUGGGCCUGGCGGUUUAUAAUGGGGUCACUCUUCCCAUUACUAUGCCACUGGCCUUCUACCGAAAGCUACUGGGCUUCAAGGUGAAGAAGCUCGAGCAUAUUCAAGACGGCUGGCCUGAACUUGCGAAAGGACUUGAUCAGCUCAUUACAUAUGACGGAGAUGUUGCGGAGGAUAUUGGUCGCACCUACGAAUUCAGCUAUGAGUUUGGCGGUAAGGUAUACACGACGGAUAUGAGCAAGACCAAAGGUCACCGCAGGUCUCAAUAUGCGCCCCUUCCGCGUCCAGGCUGGAAGGGCAAGCAAAAGGCCAAGUCACCGACUUUUGAGCUCCCUCCUAUGCUGCAUCUGCCGCCCAAACCCGAAGCAUCAUCUGCUUCGCCCUCACCGUCCCUAGACAUCGACACGGGGGCCAGUUCCACCUCUUCGUCCGGGCCAGCCGUUGACACGGCCGUUGUUUCCGUGUCCACGCCCGUCAGCACUCCAUCUCCAUCAUCUUCGCCCGCCGCUCUUCCUUUGUCACAGUCAUGCUUGGUCGGUGCGGCAUCGUCAGGCUCUCGGUCGCUGGCGUCAAAGGAUGAGUCUCCGCUGGUCACCAACAGCAGCCGUCACCCCUACGUCAAGGAUUACAUUCUGCACCUCACCUCAGACAGUGUCGCGCCUCAAUAUACCGCCUUCACGCGUGGAUUCCAUGUUUGUGUUUCCCCGGCUGCUCUGCAGCUCUUCACACCGAAUCAACUACGAGACGUCAUCGAAGGCGAACGCAAGAUCGAUAUCGGAGACUUGAUGGAACAUGCGAGUUAUGAGGAUUACAACAAGGACGACCACUAUGUGCGCGCGUUCUGGGACGUCGUGAAAGAGGAGGCUGCCAAAGACACGAGACCAAGCGGUGACGAAGAGAGAAAGGAUGGUUUUCUUGAGGGGCUACUUGAAUUCAUCCUGGCCAGUAGCCGCGUUCCUGUCGGUGGAUGGGGUGGCAACGGUGGCAGCGGGGCGCAUCGGGGCAGCUUUGUCCUGCAAAGAAAUGGAGAUGUCUGGGUUGAUGCUGGCGUCGAUAACACGUCACGGGACAUACCCACGACCUCCGGCGGGCAGAAUAGUUCAACAGUGCAUGGAGAACGGACGGUUGCUGGCCCGGCACAGGUCGAUGGCGCUGCAGACACAGGCCCAAAGGAGAAGACGUACAACGCUCGACUGCCCAGCAGUAGUACCUGCUAUGGAAGGUUGUUGUUGCCACGAUACAGGGUCGUGGGGGAAGACGAGGAGGGCAUUGACGGCAAAAGGGCGGGCAAGUUGUAUAAGGAGGUCCUCCGUGAAAGACUGUGCAAGGCGAUCCGCGAAGGGAAAGGGUUCGGCCAGCUCUAG